AAACCCUUUUUCCUCCAAAAUAGUCCAUCACGCAAUUUCAGGGCUCGGCCGUCGUACCCCAUUCUCGCCUCCUACUCGCUCCUCCGCCGCUCCACAGCUCCCACCGUCGAUCGAAUCGCUUGAUUCCAUUUUACUCUUCCCCUCUUUCUCGUACCUGCGCCCUUCUUUUUCGGUGGGAUUCUUAAGCCAUUUUUUUGCCUUGUUUUCGUCUUCAAUCCUGGAAGCAGGGUACGGCGUCAGACGAAACGAACGAAUUCUAGGGUUUUCUAGGCGCUCGCGGGUCUUCCGGACGUGCGUUCACGGGGAUAUUGGGUGUCGCGGUGCUCGGGUUCUGGUUAGGGCAGAACCCUAGAUCUAGGCUUAGGCUGUUGCUGGAACGGCUGGGAUCUUUCGAUUUGCUUCAAUAUGAUGUUCUGGCGGAUGACUGGGCUGUCCACCGCGUCGCCGGUGGACACUAUCUUGGAUAAGGAGAAUUAUACGUUGGAAGAGCUUCUGGAUGAAGAUGAAAUAAUUCAAGAAUGCAAAGCUCUGAAUAAUCGUCUCGUUAAUUUUCUUAGGGAGAGGGCUCAAGUUGAGCAAUUGAUUCGCUAUAUUGUUGAAGAAGCCCCUGAGGAUGCUGAGAAGAAACGGACCUUCAAGUUUCCAUUUAUUGCUUGUGAAAUUUUUACUUGCGAGGUUGAGAACAUAUUACGAACUUUAAUUGAGGACGAGGAGCUGAUGGACCUACUGUUUUCCUUUUUGAGGCCUGACCUCCCACACAGUACAUUGUUGGCUGGAUACUUCAGCAAGGUUGUUUUAUGUCUGUUGGCAAGGAAGACACCCCAACUUUUGAGCUAUGUUCAAGGUCACCAAGAAAUUUUCCAUCAACUAAUAGAUUUGAUUGGCAUUACAUCUAUAAUGGAGGUAUUGAUUCGGUUGAUUGGGGCUGAUGAAAAUAUGUAUUCCAACUAUAGCGAUUCAUUGCAGUGGUUGGACGAUGCAAAUGUUCUUGACUUGAUUAUUGAUAAGUUCAGUUCAUCGAAUUUGCCUGAAGUUCAUGCCAAUGUUGCCGAAGUCCUGUGUGCGAUAACUAGAUAUGCUCCUCCUGGACUAGCAGCAAAAAUUUGCAGCCCGAGUUUUGUUGGACGAUUAUUACGUCAUGCUUUUGAAAGUUCAAGACCCAAAUCUGUUCUGGUGCACUCAUUGUCUGUAUGCAUAUCUUUAUUGGACCCUAAGAAAUUGUUACCUCCUCCAUACCAAUCAUUCAGAAACCAGCUAAGCCGUGGUACAAUGGUUAAUGCCAAUCCAGAGACUGUUAAUGGCAUGCUAGACAGCUUAGGUGAUUUAUUGAAGUUACUAGAUGUUUCUGCUUCAGAAGUUGUUUUGACAACUACCUAUGGAAGUUUAGAACCUCCCCUUGGUAAACACCGUUUGAAGAUUGUGGAGUUCAUCUCUGUUUUGUUGACAAUUAGUAAUGAAGCUUCCGAGGAGGAGUUGAUUCAUCUAGGGGCCAUAAAAAAAGUUCUAGAUUUGUUUUUUGAGUAUCCUUACAAUAACUUUUUACAUCACCAAGUGGAGAAUAUCGUAGGGUCAUGCUUAGAGAGCAAAAAAACUUUACUGGUUGACCAUAUUCUCAAUGAUUGCGAAAUUGUUGCCAAAAUUCUUGAAGCAGAAAAGCAGCAUAUCCUACAAACUGAUUCUAAUAAGCCAACCAUAUCGGCAGAGGGAAGAUCACCUCCAAGAGUUGGCAAUAUUGGGCACUUGUCGCGGAUGGCUAACAAGCUUGAGCAGGCAGCAAAUUCAAGUGUUAUAAUACAGACACAUCUGCAGGAAAACAGUGAAUGGAUUGAUUGGCACACCAACGUCCUAGUCAAGCGCAAUGCCAUUGAAAAUGUUUACAAUUGGGCUUGUGGGCGCCCAACUUCAUUACAAGAUCGAGCUAGGGAUAGUGAUGAUGAAGACUUCCGAGAUAGAGAUUAUGAUGUUGCAGCACUUGCUAGUAAUUUGAGUCAGGCCUUUCGAUACAAUAUAUAUGGCACUGAUGAUAUUGAAGAGACUCAUGGAUCAGUUGAACGUGACGACGAGGACGUUUACUUUGAUGAUGAAUCUGCAGAAGUUGUAAUCUCAUCCCUGCGUUUAGGGGAUGAUCAGGAUAGCAGUUCAUUGUUCACAAACUCGAACUGGUUUGCUUUCGAGGAUGACAAAGCUGUUAAUGAUCGUUCCACUGGCUCCAUUGCCUCUCCAUCUCCAAAUUCUGAGGAUACUGAUGAGGUCAUGGUUGAUGAAACUGAAGACCUUGUUGAUAGAGCAACUUCCUCUGAAAUGUCCAAUUCAGCCAGAAACUUUCCAGAACCUGGAACCAUUCCUCUGGGGAACGGCCCUGUUGAUGAACCCAAAGAAGAUACCGGACAUUCGUGUCCAAUCAAUGAAGGUGAUAAAUCUCCUGACUGGGUUGAGUGGAGGGAGACGACCGACUCUAGCGAUCUCUGUUGUACGAACUCAACCGCUGAUGUCCCAAAUGGCGAUAUCGAAGUGAAAGAGGUUCAUGUCAAAGAUAUUAAUGACUUGGGUGAAUGUGAAAGAUUGUUUGGCAUAGAUGAUCUGAAUCUGGAGCUUAAAAGUGGUAAUCCAAAUUCAGUUCCUUCUUUUUCGGGAUCUACAGGGGAGGAUUUAGAGCAUGAGAAGCUGAUUGAGGAGGAGGAUAAGUGACAUGGAAGCUUCUGAUUUUAGCUGGGUUGACUUGUGAAUGGUGGAGCAACAGCUGAUACAGUUAUUUAACUAACGUGGCAGAUUGUUAUCGUAUAAACGUUGUACAUCAUGAAGAAGCUCCAUUCUAGGUGGUUGUCUUAUGCUUAAUUUGUACUUGUACAAAAUUAUAGCUCUUCUGACAUCCAAAUUAUAUCUGCCAAGAUCUCAUCGCUGCUUGUAGAAGCCUAGGUUUACGUAUUUUCUUUGUUAUGCUUUUUCUUUGGAAUGUCAAAUAACUUUGUAAUUCUUUCCCUAUCAGUUCCCCGUCAGACCAGCAAUAUUUGUUGUAAUUGUUCCCCUUUAUUUGACCAGCAUCAUAAUAUAACUUAAGAGGUUUGAUCGCUA